AUGGCAUCCUCAUCCCCAUUUACCAUGGAACAGAUUCAGUGCGCCCGCUUUUACUUCGAGUGGAAGGGCCAUCCUAUCGACGACCUAGCCACUUUCCGCAACAUUACGCUUGCAGAUCGGCCGGACAAACCGAUCGUAUAUUUGGCUGGGGAUUCGUCUCUUGACAACAAGCACUGGGUUGACAAGACUAGCCCUAUCGUUCCAACCCACCUGCCAGGCAUCUACGAUAAAGCAUUCAAGCACCAUUGUGUUCCGAAGCCAGAUGUCGCGUUCUGGAUGAACAACCUGCUCGAGCAUCGUGCGACUUGUAUUAACACGGCUGUAGAAGAAUCCAUGCUUCGAGAUCGAGACGACGUACUCCUACCGCACGACGAGUUCAUCCGCGAUAAUAUUCGUUCGAACGACGUGUUGAUCGUCAGCGUCGGUGCCAACGACAUCGCGCUGCGCCCAAACCCUUCCACGAUACGACAUAUGCUACAGCUCGCCUGGCUGACCCAACGCAAAAACCUAGAGAACGGCACCGCAAGCGCACUGCAGUACUUCAAGCACAUGUUCGGCACCAAAACACAAGACUACGUCGCUCGUCUUACCGCCAAAACCAAGCCUCGCGCCGUCAUCGUCUGUAUGAUAUACUUCCCGCUCGAGUCGGGACUAGGGCAGACCAGUUGGGCCGAUGCGCAGCUCAAGGCGCUAGGGUACAACUCAUACCCGGGACAGCUACAAGCCGCUAUUCGAGCGAUAUACGAAAUGGCAACAAAAGCAAUACGGGUCGAGAGUACGGAGAUAGUGCCUUGCGCGCUGUAUGAGGUGCUCGAUGGCAAGCUGGCCGAUGACUAUACAGCGAGGGUUGAGCCAAACGAAGCUGGCGGAAAGAAGAUGGCUGUUAGGUUUGUUGAACUGUUGGGCGAGAUUCUGGAGAAGUCAGACAUACCGGAGACUACUUGA